AUGUUGCCCGAGAACUGUACCGUGAAUGAAGAACCGGCUGCCCAGGCCAUUACGCCUCCUGAGUCCAACAUCAAGAAGCCUCAAACUCCUGUUAAAACGCGACGAAUAGGAUUGAUCUCGGUCAUUGCGAUUGCCUACUUCAACGUUUCCGGCGGUCCUUUCGGUUCUGAGGAUAUCUUCUCAACAGGGGGCCCUUUGUUGGGCAUCAUAGGUAUCUUUGCUGCGCUCAUUUUAUGGUCUCUGCCUAUGUCUUUCAUGACGGCAGAAUUGUCUAGUACUUUCCCAAGCAAUGGUGGCUACUCUUUAUGGGUGAAGGUCGCCCUCGGCAAUUUUUGGGCCUUCCAACAGAUGUAUUGGUCGUGGAUCGCUGCAGCAGUAGACGCCUCAGUCUAUCCUGUCCUCAUAUACGAUACAAUAGCUCAUUUGACUCCAACUACUCUUGGUGCACUCCCCUGGUUCACUGCAUGGCCGAUCAAGGUGGCGAUCAGUGCCGUCCUGACAGUUCCCAUGCUCUUCCCCGUGGAGACAACAGGCUUUGGUAUGCUGGCGAUGACUAUCUUCAUCCUCUUCCCCUUCGUUAUUGUUGUUAUUUGGGGUCUCUUCAAGGCGGACCUGUCAGUGCUGGGGCAGACUCGACCGCUGAGAGAGAUCGAUUGGAUCAACUGGGCAGUGGUGUGUUUCUGGAGGAUGACGGGAAUGAACGCUGUAUCGACUGUUGCGGGAGAAGUCAAACAGCCUGGGCGGACAGUCAUCAGGGCUUGUCUAUGGUGUAUGGUCAUUGUUACAAUACAACACAUCGCCGUGCUUGGCGUAUCUGCCGGGCUCGGGGAUGUGAAUUGGAAGGACUGGAGUGAUGGCUUUCUUGCUGUCAUCAUCAAAGAUGCCUUUGGUCCAGUGAUGGGUUGGUGGAUAGUGAUCGUGGCAAUAGUUGCUAGUGCUGGCCAAUACAUGGCGGACAUACUCGAGGCCAGUUAUCUGUUAUUCGGCAUGUCGCGGUAUGGAUUGUCUCCAGCUUGGCUCGGUAAAGUCCACAGUCGAUUCGAGACUCCGUGGAAUGGCAUCUUCUUCCAACUCUUCAUCGUAUCAUGCCUGGUUGCAGCGGACUUCAGUGCGAUUCUGGCCAUCAACUCCUUUGUAGCUGUUCUUGCAGCCCUGCUCCAGUUCGUUUCCUUCCUCGUUCUGAGGCGGUCUCGACCAGAAUUGAACCGACCUUUCAAAGUGCCAGUAGCGUCCUUCUGGCUGAUCUGCGUCCUCACACUACCCACCCUAGCCUACGGUUGUUUGGUCGUCGUUGUCACAUUGAUGAAUGGAUGGUUGCCUCUCACACUCAAUUCUACAAUUUUCACCAUCGGACUUGUAUUCGGAUACGUUUCUCUCUGGCACGCUAACAAGCGAGGGCGUUUACAAGAUUGGGAGGAAGAGGCCGAUUAUGGGGAUGACGAAGUCCAGACACGUUCGAGUUGA